AAUGUCCUUCGACUGGGAAAUUUCUCAAUGUGAUAAGGUGGCAAGAGGCUAAUAGUCAGAAUCCUGCUGAAUCUGAAUGAGACCUUUCCCAGAUGUCUUUCCCCAAAGCUUUGAAUGGAUUUUGUUCAUGAAGAUUGAGAUAUUAGUAUAAUGUGGUAUGUAUAUGCAGGACUGUAUUCUAGCUUUCAAGUCUGAACUCACCCAUUUCUAGAUAGGCUAAAAAAAGUGAAAAUCCCAAGACAAUGUAUCAAAAUUUCAUAUCUCUUGCAUAAUAGAGCAAAGGACACCAUUUAGGAAACAGCCAUUCCCUCAAGACACACUGAAAUUAUUUCAAUAAAACAACACGGUAACAGCUAAGACACUUUCCCAAGGCUCCUAUUCUAUCAACCGGUAGCCUUGGGGAAUGCCUUAGUACAAAGCUUCCUCUGGGAUACAUUUUCAUAAUCUUUAGUAAUCUGUGUAAUCUCAGACUGAAGCUCCUGUAGAUGUAAAUGAGAUGUCCUUCUUCCCUUUCACCUCUAAUUACGGUCAUAGAACAGCCCACACAGCUUGCUUCAAGGCAUACAACUACAAGCACUUCAAAUAGCAGAGUAUAUCAGCAACUUAAUCCAGAAGAUUACAGGGGAGGCACUCUGUUUAUCCCAAGCCAACAAGUGGGUUGGACAUUGGUAGCUAAGAAAAGAAACCAAGCAAGAAGGACUGGAGUGGCAGGUUGCCUUACCCUUGCAGCCGAAACAAGGAAGGAGUCAGAGGAGACUUCAAGGGCCUUAUAGAAGACAGAAAAAAAGAUAAAAAGGCACCAGAAAGACCAUAUGUCGAGUGCAUGAAACCAGAAAGCAGGUAUGAUCCACGCAGAGAAUUGUUCCUCCAAGAAGCAUGGCUCAGAGAGCAGACACCAUUAUGAGACACCAGCCCUCUCUGAAUUACAAAGACUGGUCUGGAAUAGAGGAGGAUCCGACAAUCAUGUAGAUCAAGUCUGGCCAAACAUCUACCUUGGAGAUGCAUGGGCAGCUAGGAGUAAAAGAAUCCUUCAGAGCCUUGGCGUUACUCACAUCCUCAAUGCAGCAGACGGGCCGUACAACAUCAACACUGGAGCUCGCUAUUACAGGGACCUGCCAGUGCAGUACUAUGGGGUCCAGGCAUUUGAUGACACUUCAUUUGAUAUAAGCAUCUUCUUCUAUGACGCUGCUGAUUUCAUACACAAGGCCUUAAAGACCGGAGGAGGCAAGGUGUUUGUCCAUUGUGCAAUGGGGUUAAGCCGCUCAGCUACCUUAGUGCUGGCUUAUUUGAUGAUCUAUGAAAACCUGACCCUAGUGGAGGCUUUGAAAGCAGUGGAUUCACACAGAGGCAUCUGCCCAAACACAGGGUUCCUCAACCAACUCCGAGCUUUGGACCUCAAAUUAAAUGAGAAGUGAAAUGAUUCAGCAUUUUGAGACAAAGGUAGCAAACCAAAAUUGCAAAGAUAGGUAGUGCAGCUAUAGUACUUCAUUAUGAAAUCAUAAUUCAAGCAGCAAAACUGGUCAUUUUUCAAACUCUUGACUUCGAUGUAUACUUUGUUCAUUUCAUCUAAUUCUGGAAUGUGGUACACAAUAGCUCACAACUAGAUUAUGCUAUUCAUCUUCAUUUGUGAGGGGCAAUACACAUCCAGCUCUUUCCAGAUGAGCCCUACUUAUUGCAUCAUUGUCGCUAUCUUCUUGAUUACAAAAGGGAGGAGGGAGAACCAUAGAGCAAGAGAGAGAAGGAGAAGAAGAUGAAAGAGGGGGAGAAGAAUAAAUGCAACAGGAAGUGAGUGGGAGGGGAGGUAAGAGAGAUCAUAAGAACUCAUGUACCAUGUGGAAAAUGGAAAUCUAUCUGAAAAAUUAAGAGUAUUAUUCCAUUCUAUCUUUACAACUAUCCUAUGAAAUAACCUGAGAUAUAGUUGUCAAUGUAGAAGCUCCCAAUGAGCAUAAUGGGUUAUAUUUUGUUAUUUAUUUAUUUAUUUAUUCAUUAAUUUAUUCAGUUCAAUGGUUUUUAUCUGAUUUUGUAGAUUACGGCAAGGUUAAGUCCCUGAAAACAGAAGUAAAGGCAAUCCAGGGGUAUUUGUUUUAUAGAGUUUGCAAUAGAGUUGCAAACUGUCAUUUGUCCUGAAAAUUAGUUAAAAAUUUUAAAGUGACUUUUAAAAAUAUUCACCGAGACACCAAAAUAAAAGAACAUGAAACAUAGGAAACUGAAAGCACAUAAUUACUUACAAUGAGAAAGAAUGCUGCAUUGAAGUGUUUUGCAAAUUAACAUAUGUCAUUUUCCAGGACUUCAUCACACACAAUUAAAUAAGCGUUUCUACACACUUAAGAAACUGCCAUCAAUGGUGCCCUUUACACGAUGCAAACUUUAAAUGUGAGGUAGAGGUAUUUUGCUGUUUCUAAAGUGUGGGAUUUUCCCAUGAUUCCUAAAUUGAUUGGCAAUCAACUUCAUUUUCAGUUCUGUUCAAUUGAGACUUGUAAAUAUGUCCAAUUUACCAUGUGAUGGGAAUUAUCCCAUGCCUGCUUGUAAAGAUAAUGAUGACACAAUGGUUAUGUGAAAUAAAUGAACAAUGAAUUUGUGCAAUGACAAUUUUGGAAUUGCCCUGGACUAUAAUUUUGGAUGACAUGAUUUAAUAAUUGAUGUAACUGUUUUUAUUUGGUUUAAUUCUCUAUUUUAAUGUGUUUUUACCAAUUGUAUUUAUUUAUUUACAGCAUUUAUAUUCCGCCCUUCUCACCCCGAAGGGAACUCAGGGCGGAUCACAUUACACAUAUAGGCAAACAUUCAAUGCCUUUUAACACAGAACAAAGACAAACAAACAUAGGCUCCGAGCGGCCUCGAACUCAUGACCUCCUGGUCAGAGUGAUUCAUUGCAGUUAAUUGCACCUGGCUUGCUCUCCCGCCUGCGCCACAGCCAUAUGUUUUUAUGGCAUCGAAUUCUUGCCAUUAUGUGAAGCUGCUCUGAGCCCUCCUAAGGGUUGAGAAGGGCAGGGUACAAACACAGUAAAUAAAUAAAUAAUAAAAAAUUAUUGUGAAGGGAGAAGCCAAGAUGGGCAGAAUUGAUUACUUUCUGCUGACAUUACUGUUUUGGGACUGAGGAGAUAUAGCAAACAAACUCUUGUGCUUCUUCUAGUGCUUCUUCUAGUGUCUCUGUAACCUUAGCAAGCUCCCUCUUUCAGCAUUCUCAAUUGCCUCUCUGAAACUCCUGCUGUGCUGUCAGGCUUUUGUUUUGCCUAUCAAAAGGCUAGCAGAGAGAUAUAUAUAAGAGAGCUAAACCUUCAUUUCCCCCUUCCCUCCUGUUCUGAAUUCUGCAAUGUAAAAUAACUCCUUGUGAGUUUUUUGGGCUAUAAGUUGAACUCCCGACAUUAGAGAGAAGCUUAAAAAAAGAAAAAAGACAAUGAGGGAGGGACACUGGGGGAAACAAGUCUGUACUGUGUAAUGACUAAUUGAACAGCUAAAUUUUAAAGUGGAGAGAAGGAUUAGUGUAAUGGAGGUAGAAAAAUCUUCCAUUUAAUUUCCAAACAGGGCUUGGCGAAACUUAAGGGAAAAUCAACUCUUUCAAUCACUUGAUUUAGCCUGUGGAAUGAAGUCCCCAGUCUUAGAAGGAGCUAUUCAAUGCAUCUGUAUGUGAUGACACUCCCCAUCACAAUAAAUAUUUUCAGGGGCAAAGCAAAAUCAUGGCCUGUUAGUGGCCAAGGGCAUAUGAUGAUGCCCGGGAUGCCCGGGCAGUAUCCAGUUGGUAGGAAAGAGGAGAUGUCAUUUCCCUGGAUUUUAGCAAUGCACAGGAGACCUAGGAGGACAGCAUCUGUUAUUUUCCCAUGACUAAAUAGCAAUUGUGAAUACAUAAUGGUUACCUAGAUUUACACAUCAGCAACUGUCACAUAUUCACUGCCUAGUCACAAUUGUGACCCUGUCGCUAUGAUCAUCAUCCACUUACAUCUUGCCUUAUAGUCAUCAGCAACAUUCAGAGAAGAAAGUCCGUCCUUCUGGGGCAUGAAUGGAUGAUGCAUUUGUCAGGUUUGGGGAAGUUGGGCUAGGAGUGAUUAUUAUGUUUAAAAGUUCAUUAAAAAUACUUGCCAUAGUUGUGCCGUCAUGCCUGGGGCUAUAACUCUUAGCGAAAGAGGCAUGGACGUGACAUCUUUCCCCAGGGGAUUGCUUCUUGCCCUCCUUUAGGGAAACUGGAACUCCCAAGGAACAAAACACUGUAGAUAACUCAAAACUGGUUUUAUUGUUCACAAAAGGUUAUCCCAAUAAGCUGGAGGUUUCAAAGGGGUAAAGGAAAAUAUACAUUACAGUCUUUGGUUGUCUUAAGUCCAAGGAGCUCUGCAGCUGAAAAGCUUUUCCAGGUCCCUCUUUCUCAAUGGCUGUGAAUGCCGGAGCAAUCCUCAGCCUCAGUCCAAAUGGCUUAUGUUUGAAGACACAGUCUUCCUCUGAUGUCAAAGAACUGAUUUGAAGGUGCUUGAGACUCCUCAACGUCGUCCAGGUUCGCCCUGAACAUGAAGCAUAAGUCUCAAGUAUAAGAACCUCAGAAUUGGUGCUGAGAGGUAACUUAAUCAAGGGCUUUUAGAGUCAAGUCCCUCUCUCACAUCCAUCUGAUAGAAAACUUGAUGGUGGAAUGAAAAAGGAAACACUGUCCUACUCCAGGAAGAGGUGGAGUCAAACAAUUGAGCUGAGGGAGCAAUAUAACUGGUGCAAACAACAUUGAUUGACAACUAUAAAUAACCAAUCAGUCCAACUACAUUUACAGGGUAAAAGCAAAAUCAGGUAUGAUACAACAAUUCAAAUCUUGCAACUUACAGUUUGACAUAUAGUUCCCAAGUUAUGAACAAGAAAUGUUCUGUAGGUUUUUUUCUUAAGUUAAAUUUGUAUUAAGUCAGAACAGGUACAGAAGAGAGAGGGGGGGAUGCUUUGGGUAGCAUAGGGAAGGGUUAACAGCACUGUGUGUUUGUUUUGCUGUGUGUGCCGCUGUUCAGAAUAUUUCACCCAUUUUCUAUCCCUGUGAUAACUGGAUUUUGAAAAAAAUGGCUUGUUGGGGAAACAAGGAUUGGUGAUAAGGCUUUACUGGAGACACUUUUUCCCCAUGAUAACUUUUUCAGGAGUGGUAGAAAUCUUCUGAGGGGUAGAUUUCUUUCACUUCCAAUUGUCUCACUCCCGUUCUUAACUGUUAGUCGUUUGUAAGUUGGAUGUUUGUAACUCGGGGACUGCUUGUAGUAAAUAUUACUUCCUGACUUCAAAGUAAGAUCAUGUGCAAUCUGCACAGACUGAGAUCUCUGUACACUGAAAGGCUUACAUGUGUCUCCCAAGCUGUUUUCUAAAUUAUCUGCUUCUUGUGCACUAGACAGAAAAGAAAAAUAACUCCAUGAGCGUGUAUAGAGAAUUUUCCUUCCUCCCACAUGAUUCACACUGGAUCCACACAGAGGUGCUCUGAAGAAAGAAAGAAGUGUUGACUCAGCUGCAUGAUGUGUAUUUAGUGUAGUCUGUAGCUUAUUUAAGAGAUACAGAAGCUAAGUGCUUUCUUAUCCUAGACUUAAUGGUUUGCUAGAGCUCAUUAGGUAUAGGAAACUUCAUUGAUUAUGCACAUGUUGCUUUUCUCUCCCCACCCACCAUCUCAUUUAUGACUAUUUUACAUUCCUGAUAUCUUAAAUAAACUGGAUGGAAAACA